UGGCUACCACCCUAGUGCGAGGCUUGUUCCCCUUCAGUGCAUUAACGUUGGGCGCGCGGCCUUCGCUCAGUGGUGCUGGCGCAACCUCACGACCUUCUUGGGGCCCAGCGCAGCCAUGCCUGGCUGGGCAUUGGUAUCAACAGAACACCAGGCAACAACGACUCGGACACUGAAGCCACCAGUCACUGGAGCUGGUCAUGGCAACUUAGGUGCAGUUGGAUACGAGCGGCGGGCGUGAUAGGACUCGGAGAGCGUAGUGCGUACAUUACCGUGAUACCUUUGCGCUCAUUGAAUGACUCUGGCCUCGCUGCCCUUCGUCCCAAGCCGUCGUUCACAGUGCAGGUUCAAAACGCGCAGAACAGUGUACGACCCCGCGCGACACAAGGCACACGCGCGCCGACUCCUCACGAAAAUACCAGCUGUUCUCGCUGGGCAUGACAAUGUCGCCUCGCCCGUUCUGUCGUCAACCAGGGAGUGGCGCGGUGAACAUGCACUGUCCCCUUCCUGCACGACCCUUCAGGCUUGCCCGGCGACCGUGGUCGCAAGCGUGUCGCACGACUCGCAACUCCCGAUGGCUCCGGUGCUCUUGACUUGUCGUCGCCCGCCCUCUCGCCAGUGCCCUGUCCUCCAAGUGACGCUCCCGACUCGUCAUCGAGGCCGGCUCGGGGCCUCGCGGAGGCUCGCGCGGGGCUGCCAAACACCUGGUCUGGAUAGUCACAGAAGGCGGGCGUGUGCGGACUGCAGUGGCCCUGCAGCUGCGAGCUUGUCGUGCCCCGAAUCGCUCCCAUCCCUCCGAGGCUCGAGCUUGUCGCUCCUGGGAGCACUGCUGCGGUUCCGACGCGCCGUCGCCCGCCCUCUCGUCGGCGCGCAUGCCCCGCGAGCGACGCUCACGGCUCACCAUCAUCCCAUUCGCGGUCGCGCGUGGCUUUGCCGAGGAGAGCGCGUGGCUGCCGGUCCCCCCAACAGGCUCGUUGCGGAGGGCGGGUUUGCAGGCCUGCAUGCUCGCCCUCAUCCCCCGCCUCCGCGGCCGCCCAGCGAGCAGCACCUCAGCUCGCUGGUCCGAGCCUUGCCAGACAGCGCUCGCCGGCCCGGCGAUGAUUUCGCUUCCCAACAACUGUGCGAUGCUCAGAGAGGGCCUCGCCAGCUGUGAUGCGCGAGAGAUGGGUGAGAUGGGGUACUGCUUCAAGGCAGCCACGUCGUGAUGGUGAAGAGCACCAUGGGCGCGUGAGG